CUCAUCCUGAAAUUUUGGAAGAGGUUAUAACCAUCCUGCUCUUCUCAAAUUGAUGGCCAAUCCCAACCAUCUGAGUACACUUGUGAACCGACCUGCCCUGGGAAUCCUGCCACCUGAGAACUUUCCAGACAAGCUUACAGAAAGUCUUCUCUCAGUGGCACCCAGUGGAAUGACUCGUGUUCAGACGAUGGCCUGUGGCUCUUGCUCCAACGAGAAUGCGUACAAAGCAAUGUUUAUCUGGUACAGGAACAAGGAACGAGGCCACAACACACCAUCUGGUGACGAUCUUAGUACCUGCAUGAUAAACCAGGCUCCAGGUUGUCCAGAGCUCAGUAUUUUAUCUUUUAUGGGAGCUUUCCAUGGAAGAACCUUGGGUUGCUUGGCAACAACACACUCCAAAGCAAUCCACAAGCUGGAUGUGCCAUCAUUUGAUUGGCCAAUCGCGCCAUUCCCCAGACUGCAGUACCCACUGGAGGAAUUUACCAAAGAAAAUACACAGGAAGAGGCUCACUGUCUGGAGGAGGUGGAGGAUCUGAUUGUGAAGUGGAGGCAGAAGGGGAAGCCAGUGGCAGGGAUUGUAAUUGAACCAAUCCAGGCUGAAGGUGGUGAUAAUCAUGCCUCCCCAGACUUCUUCAGAAGCCUCCGCAACAUUGCACGCAAGCAUGGCUGUGCUUUCCACGUGGAUGAAGUGCAGACAGGUGGAGGGAGCACAGGAAAGUUUUGGGCCCAUGAGCACUGGGGCAUGGAUGACCCUGCUGACAUCGUCUCCUUCAGCAAGAAGCUUCUGACUGGUGGCUACUUUCACAAGGAUGAGUUACAGGCUGAUCAGCCAUACCGGAUCUUUAACACAUGGAUGGGUGACCCAUCAAAGAACUUGCUCCUGGCCGAGGUUCUCAAUGUGAUUCGCAGAGAAAACCUUCUGGAGGAGGUGACCCGUUCUGGGAAAGCCUUGCUAAAUGGCCUUUAUGCGCUACAGGCUCAGUACCCAGGCAUAUUGAGCCGGGCUCGAGGUCAAGGGACCUUCUGUGCCAUUGAUAUCUGUGAUGAUGCAACACGCAACAGCAUUCUGCUCAAGGCCAGAGACAAAGGUGUCCUCCUGGGAGGCUGUGGGGAUCGAUCAAUCCGUUUCCGUCCAGCACUGGUUUUUAAGGAGUACCAUGUUCACCUCUUCCUUAACAUCUUCAAUGAUGUGUUGAACCAGCACAAAUAAAUCUCAACCCCGAAGGAACCUGACUGACAAAAUAUGAGCUUUUGUCAAUCCAGAAUGGAAGAAGGAAAACUCCAGGCAGUGACCUUUAUCUCCUUAGUCAGAAAUAAUGAUGAUAUACCUGAAACACCUGAAAAAACAAUUUAAUGGAAUUUUUAUGUUUUUGUAAAAUCUAUUGAAAUGACUGCAAUGAUGACGCAUAUAGAUAAAUAUAU